AUGGCAGACAUCCUCACCCAGCUCCAAACCUGCCUGGACCAGCUCGCAACCCAAUUCUACGCCACAAUCGCCUACCUCGACACCUACCACGACCACUCCCCCGCCAUCCCACCCCCCAACGUCCCCAACGCCGUCCCGCAACUCAACAAGAUCCCCAAGAAUCCUCUUCCCGCCGUCGCUGCCGCCGGCACGACAGCCAACACCCCCGGCGCGCCGCUGCCCCCCGACGCCGCUCCGCAGCAACAGCAACAGCAACACCCAGACGGUCCGCCGCCCGACUCGCCGGGGACGUUCCUCAUGCGCCAGCGCGAGCUGGCCCGCGAUCUGAUCAUCAAGGAGCAGCAGAUUGAAUAUUUGGUUAGUGUGCUACCGGGGAUCAAAUCGAGUGAGGCGGAGCAGCUGGAGCGCAUCAAGCAGCUGGCGGGCGAGUUGAGAGCGGUGGAGGAGGAGCGGAGCUCGAAACGAAGGGAGUUGCGGAAGUUGGGGGAGAAGGUGGACGGAUUACUGGGGGCGACCUGCUUUUCCUCAUCUUGGAUUUUGCCGGUCACAAAUCGCAGGAGGGCAGAAAGCCAACCCUAA